CUCCGACAUCACCGUCUCGAAAUGAGGGAGUCAGUCGGUCACGGCGAGAACGCGGCUCUGCACGGAGAAGCGACCCUGUUUCAUCCUCUUGAAUGAAACCAGGCUGGACUGCGUUGGCCGAUGUAGCGGAGCUCCGACUCAGUUCUGCCCGGCUGGACCGCGAACAUCGCCGGGCUCGCCGAUCUCGCUCCGUCCUACGCGGGUUGCUCGUCCGAAAAAGAGGGGUUGUUUGAAUUCUGCGCAGCUGAAUCGGCCGAGAAAUAAGCAAACCUGUCGGAUCGAGGAGGGGAUUCGACUUUUUCCCAUCUGGGAGUGGGGAAGAAUAAUAUGUCAAGGCGCAAACAAACCAACCCGUUCAAAGUGAAUUGUAGGUAUCGCAGGGCCGUUUCACAUGACAGGGUUCUCUGGCCCACAGCACACUUCCGAGAUGGAGGCUAGAGACAGCUUUACACAAAACCCCGCGUGCCACAGCAACAACUCCGAAGAUCUCGAGGAACAAGACAACAUUACUGAUGACAGCGACAGUGACUUGGACAAAGAGAACUCCUCCAGCUCCUCAGCCGACGACAACAUGACGAGUAAGGGCAGCCAGUGUUCGGUUCACGGUGGAGACGUGAAGGAGGAGAGCGAGGGGGGGACAGACCUGGGGAGCAAUUAUAUAUGUCCCCUCUGCACCCUGGAGUUCAGCAGCCCAGAGCAGCUCAUUGCACACGUCUACCAGCACACGUCAGCAGUGGGCAGCAGUAAGAGUUAUGUGUGUCCAGUGUGUGGACGUGCUCUCAGCUCGCCAGGCUCCCUCGGACGCCACCUCCUCAUUCAUUCAGACGACCGGCUGUCCAACUGUGCGGUGUGUGGAGCUCGCUUCACUGACACCAGCAACUUCAACAGGGAAAAGCUGAAAGAGUUCCUCAGUUCCAGUGGCAUGGAGAGCAGCAGUGGAGACGAGGCCUGCUCCAUGUCCCAGCCUCUGUCUGCUGGCCCCAUUCCCAACCACGCCCCCAACCAUGGCCCCAACCAUGUCCCUGCUCAUGGCCCCAACCAAGGCCCCAGUCACGGCCCCAACACCGGCUCUGCGUUGCCCUCGCUUCAAGACAGCCUCCUCUCGUCAGGCCCCUCUCUUCCCUCACUUCCUGAUGCCCUCAGCCCCUCCCCCAGCCUCCCACCUUUACCCGACCUCCUCAGCCCAAUGCCUGUGUACCCAGCCGGGGUGCUGCUGGUGUGCAACAGCUGUGUGGCCUACCAGCAGCUGGUGGGCAGCCAGUCGCCCUCCAUGAGGAAGUGGGCGGCACGGCGCAGGAACGAGCCCACCGAGGCCCGGCUGCAGCGGUUGGAGCGUGAGCGUAUGGCCAAGAAGACAAAGCGAGCAUGCGAGACACCCGAGGAGCGUGAGCUGCGGCGGCUGCGGGACCGCGAGGCCAAACGCAUGCAGCGCAUGCAGGAGACAGAUGAGCAGCGGGCACGAAGGCUGCAGAGAGACCGCGAGGCCAUGCGACUCAAACGGGCUAACGAGACACCUGAGAAGAGGCAGGCGCGACUGGUGCGCGAGAGAGAGGCGAAGCGGAUCAAACGGAGGCUGGAGAAGAUCGACCCAUCGCUGCGCACACAGAUCGAGCAUGACCCAGCCGCCAUGGCUGCCCUCACUGCCGACAUGAACCUGUUCCAGUUCCCCUUCCCCAUGCCCGUUUCCUCCAUGGACAAUGGGCUGUUUAUGAAGCUACCCUAGUUGGACAAAUGUUUUUUGCAAAAGGCUUCUCUGUUUGGGGGCUCUGUUUUCAAAUUCUCCUUGAACCAAGCGAAACCUUUCCAAAUGUAGGACCGCUUCGGAAGCGUUAUAGUCCAAGGUUUCCAAGACUGUCAUUAAAAUAGACUGUACGCUUAUUUACAUAAGAAAAGUCUAAAGUUAACAGCAGGGUAAAGAAUGUUUCAUUUUCCUGCGUUAUGAACAAGCAUGUUAUAUGGAGAUUUUUUCUUGUUCCAUUUUCAGGGCCUACAUCCUACAGAUCUAACCCUCAGAGCAGUAAAACACUUCCGCAAAGGAGGGCCUCUACUAUUUGCACAAGGAACUACAGUGAAGGGAGGGAGACUUGUAGCCGCAUCCCGAUUCAGCCCACUGAUGCAGUCUGCCAGUCCGACGACUGGAGUUUACCUGUAGUUACAACUCCCUCCCCCUACCGGAGCGUGUCACUGGCUAGCUCAAAUCCACGGAUACAACUACCUCACCUCAGGCCUUCUCGGUGCCCAGCCAGGCUAUGCGGGCUCAUACAUGGACUACAUGUUCAUCAUGCCAACUCACACUUGAACACACUCUAUUACACUUUAUCUGCCCAUAGUCAAACACCACUGUUUCUUAAAUACUGUGAGCGAUCAAAGACAAGAAGAAAGGUUGACUGUUAUCAUAUAGCGCUUCUAAGUGAUUGAGCAGAAACAAAUAGGUUCAUGCUGAAAUCCCCUGGCUCGUGCUACACUCUAGUCACUCCAGACCUCCUAAAGCCGCCGUGCUAAUCUACGUAACAACACGGGUUCACUCUCGUCCAGGCGCUCAGGGAUGUCGAGGGCCACCGGUCGUCCUCCCGGCCUGAGAACGACCCACUCGCUCACUGUUCUAUCUUACCGGUCACAUUGACCUCCUUUUUUCCUUCAAUUUUUGCACAUCAUUCACACUGCAAACUCCUCAGCUGAGCCAGGAUAUCAGUAAGGGUGUUUUUUUGAGCGCUUGACCAGUCGCGACCAACUCAGUCUCUUCCUCUGCUGUUGUCACUGUACUGUAUAAUAUGUUCAUUACCUCUCUUAUACCGGUGAGGCCCGGCACCUCACGACGCUAGCCGUUACAGUCGAGGCGUGUACAAAUGAAUGAUAAUGUUGCCUUUGUCACUGGAAAGUUGUUUUGUGUUAUGGUUUUAUAUCAAGACAGGUAUGAUAUUUUUUAGUUCCAGUAAGUUCUGUUUAUAAGAUAUACUAUUGUGUAAAAGGGAAAACAAAAUAGGCUGCAUGAAAGAUGAAACAAUCCGAUUGAAUGCAUAUGUCACAGGACAGGACGAGUGGUGAACCUUUCCAGUCUGAGGCAUUGAGCACAUUUGUUUUUGACGGGCAGUUUAUUGGAAACUGUAGAUGCUGUAGAAGGUAAAUAAUCGUAAUAAUUGAGCGUUCAUAUUUAUUAAAUACUGUUUACACUAGUUUUACACAAGUUUAGACCCCAAUUCUCAGCGCUUCACUUAGCACAGAAUAGUCUUGUGGCAUCCUUUCAGUGAUGUGCGUUGCACGUCAGUGAGUACCUCUCGAAAAACAGGGUAAGCUAUUAGAUUGUACUUUACUGUAUGAUUUGUUUUAUUCCAUUCCAGUUCAUUCCAGUUAUUUAUUGUUGAUAUGACUGACUUGCCACUCAACAUAGAGGUUUACAAAGAACUUUAUUUUGUUCCACGUUAUCUUUAAUAAUACCUCUUCAGCGUUAAACGGAUUAGCUCUGCGGGACUUAAAUGGCAAUGUGAUGUGGAUGCUGGACACAGGUUUCAUGUUUUGAGCCGUUCCUGUGUGUUUUCGAAGGGGAAAACACGUAUGUAGUGUGAAAUACAGCUCUCACGAGUGGCUCGAAUCACUAUGCAAAGAUCUGUUCUCACCAACUGUAUUUGACACUUUCUAUUAUUACUAUGCAGAUGAUUUGAAAGGAAAUGGACUCUAAUGCAGCAGACCACACAACUCAGGCAAUUCUAGAGAGCCAGGGCUGGUGCUUGCAAAGCAUCUCGCAGUAUGAGCGCUGAUCUAGAAAGUGUUUUUUCGGGAUUAAGACCUCUGUAAACAGCGGAGCAGCCUGGUCCUAGAUCAGCCCUCUUACUUUGAGAUGAAAGCUGGUCCUGGACUAUAGCUUUUUUGGCAUUUGGCUCCCCAGAGUACGACUGAAAAAGAAUCUGAUAAUAUCGACGCUUCAGGGAAUGCAGCCCAUAUUUAAUGCAACAGGCUCCACGGUCUCCGUCGUACAGUAUGGCGGCAUGUAAGGCGUCUGCACAUCAGAGCAGGAUCUCAUGGGGCUCAGCUGUUUAGAAACAUACUACACUCAGGACGGGUCUUCACAAAAACGAUUUAGAGCAGAAGGUGGAUCUAGGAUCAGAUUCCUCGCCAUCUUGGCCACAGAAGGAGCCAAAAUCACGGCUCCUGCUCUACUCUGGUGUGAGCUUUGCGAAUACAAGCCCAAAUGUAUUUUCAAAAGGAAGUUUAGAGUUUAGUCACGAAGCAAGCGGGGUGCGCGUUGCCAUGUUGACAUUUUAUGCAUUAAGAAAGUAGGUUUUAUUGACAGUUGAUGUCCACUUCAGACGAGCUUUGUGAAGCUUGAUGGGGACUGCUUUAGCCGAAUCCUGCAUGUUGUAUGCUACAUGUUCUAGAUGUUUUACGAGCUUGUGUUCUUUUAUCGUAUGCUUGCUUGGUUCUGUUCUGAUUGAUCUACGAGAGAGGGACCUAAUGACAAAUUGCCUUUUUUUUGUUAGUCUAUCAGGACACUCUUUUACUAUGUUUACAGAUGUCUACAAAGGCCAAAACGAAUGAGACGGAACAGGAGAACACUGUCGUCACACUUCCGAACGCUCCUUUCAGAAAGCCAUUCUCUGUUACUGGAAUAACAGAUCAAAAGAUCGUGAUGAAACCUGGAGUAGAAUGUGGAAUAAAUGUUAACCUAA